AAAAAAACUUAUUCUCCCCACUCAUCCUCCCUCAUUGGAGGUGUCUCUCCGUAAAGCUACUUUUGGAAAAUAUGUUAUUUGUGUGUGGCAAACUGCAGGUGUGCACUUGUGGGAGUGAUGCUGGGAAGUGUCGGAGACUCCCCUCACAUUCCCAUGACUGCUUGAGAUUGGGAAAAAAGAAAUCUCACACAGCCUUGCUUAUCGGCCAGUCCAGGUUUUGAGUGACCAUGUUUCUACGACGCUGGUCCCUUUUUCUGCUGGCGCUGGAACGCAUCUUUCCUUGUGUGUGCGGCCCUUCGUCGAAUGAGAGGAGGCAGUGCGCCUUCAAGGUCAAAGCGCACAACAAGGAGAAACUGAAGGCGGGCAACGUGAAUGGCUCCGUUCAGGUCUGCGAGAACACGCACUGCUGUGUGGGCUACUUCCUCGUUGUCAAUGGUCAGCUGGAGGUUGACACUCUUGCUUGCGAUAUCUUUGAAAAGUCGUGCCCCGAUGCCACCUGCAAGGCGCAGCACCGCUUCAACAACAAGCUGGUCAAGUGUGUGUGCAACACGGACCUGUGUAACCUCAACGUCACCUGGGGUGUGUCACCGCAAGAGCCGAGGCCCUCCAGCUCCAUGGGCAAAACCCGGCUCAUGGUAGUUUUCUCUAUGCUGGUCGUGUGCCUGCUGGUGAUGGCGGCGGUGCAGCGGAGAUGUCUCUCGCAACAAAAAGAGGAGACUGCCCAGGCGAGCCUUUCAAUCGCGCCAGUGAGUCCCUCCCAAACGUCCCAGAUUGACGUCACUGAUGUUCAACUGCAACAAAUUGUGGCCCGUGGGCGUUUUGCCACGGUUUGGCGAGGAACAUACCAAGGCUCUAUGGUGGCCGUGAAAGUCUUCCCCGCCGGCGCUCAGGAUGCGUUCACUUCCGAGAAGGAAGUCUAUGGGCUCCCACUGAUGAGGCACGCCGGGAUCAUUCGCUUUCUUGGUACCGGGAGAAGGUCGCAAGAUAACAGCUGGCUUCUUUUCCUGCAAUUUGCAGAACAUGGCUCUUUGCACUCCUUUCUGGGCCUGAACACCUGCAGCUGGCCGUUGUCACUCAAGUUGUGCCUGUCUUUAGCACAGGGACUCUCCUAUCUCCACACCAAUCUGUACACGCAAGAGGGCCACAAACCGCCUGUGGCCCACAGAGACCUCAGCAGCUUCAACGUGCUUGUCCGGGCAGAUGGCACUUGUGCAUUGUGUGAUUUUGGAAGCUCCAUCAUCACGUGUUCAUGCCCAGGCCAUCGCCAAAUGGGAAAGCUAACGCGUCACAGUCAGGCAGCAUGCACCCUGUGCUAUGUGGCCCCUGAGAUCCUGGAUGGUUGUGUCAGCCUCUUCAGCAGCUGCUUUCUGCACGGGGACGUCUACGCUUUGAGUUUGCUGCUGUGGGAGAUCUGCAUGCGCUGCGCUGACUUGUUUGAAGACGGCACCGUGCCACAACACCACCUCCCGUAUGAGCGUGAACUGGGAAGCCACAUGAGUCAGGAGAGACUCAUUGUCUAUGUUUCUCACAUGGGAAAAAGACCCUCCAUCCCUGAGCAUUGGCAUCAGCUGAGACAGGGACCGCUGCUGCAGGAUCUGCUGACCGAAUGCUGGGACAUGGACCCGGAUGCCCGUCUGACUGCUCAUUGUGUCGUGGACAGAUUAGUCUUUCUGCAGUCCAAUUCUUUAGUAUGACACUUGUUUCACAGCUUGUCUAGAAGAGUCUUCAAAACUUUUACGUGUGUUUCAGCAGUUCUGUGGUGUCUUAAAUAUCAGUUACUAAAUAUUAUUCAUUAAGAAAUGUUUUUGGCAUCGCUGUGCAACACAGCUCCACAUUAAUUAUCUUAUCCUCACUUUCACUGUAUCCGCACCAUUCAGUGAUGACCUUUUUAAAGUGUGUGGAUAUUCUAUUCUUUUUCCAAAGUCAAUCAGGUAAAAAGAUGUGAACGGAGGAAAAUCUCCCCAUUUUGUUUGUUGACAUAGAUACAAAAUAAAAAAAAUUAGCCAAGUGGAGUGUCUUCGGUUUACGAUAUUACCGAUACAACACGACAUGCACAUUAUUGUUUUUGAUUUGAUUAUUUUAUGUUUGUGGCCUGUAAGUGUUUUUCGUUCAACGACUAACUGUUGUGACUUAAAUAUUAGGUUUAGUAAUAGUAAUACGCAUUCCGGUGGGACGGAAUUCCGUCGUAAACCGAGGAACUACUGUAUUCAGUGCAAGUGUACCUCAGGUGUAUAGUGAGUCAGUGUAUACGUCGUCAGACUCGUCACUACAUUCUCCUCCAUUCGUCGCAACAAACGGUAGUUGUUUGCGUAUGGAAACACUUAAGCAACACUCUUUAGUGUUUCUGCAUGUAAAUGUAGAGGCAGGUGCUUGUGAUUUUAAGUUUGGGUGCGGCUUCCUCGUCCUGCGCAUGUUUCUUUCUCUCCAGUUGCGUCAGA